AGCGCUGCGUAAAUUGAUGCCUCUCACGUCGACACCGCCUCAGGAACUUUUUUGCUCCACAUCCAAAAGCGGAAGCGGAACCGGAACCAGAAGCAGAAGCCGAAGCCGAAUCGCCCAGGCUUUUCCUCCUCGUUGAAGAAGCAGUUUUCGUCGCGCUUUUGCCGACUCGUAUUAUUAUUAAUUAAAUAAUAAUAAUAAUAAUAAUAAUAAUAAUUUUUUUUUUUUUGAAAAGAAAAAGGAAAAACAAACUUCUCCCUCUCGACCUCCCAAAUCCUCCUCUCAUGGCGAACUCGAACGCUCCAGAAACCCUCGACCCUCCCACCGAGCCCUCGCCCCUCCUCCUCCGCCGACGCCGCCUCCCCCUCUCCCCCUCCUCCGCCGCCACCGACUCGGCGGACGACUCCAGCGCGGAGACGAUCUCCGAUGCCGCCGCCGCCGCCGCCGCCGCCGGGAACGGGGACGAUCGCGGUGGGGCGGGCGCGGGGAGGGAGGGGGCGGGGACGGUCGUGAACGGUGGCGUAGGAGAGGCCCCGGUAGGGGGCGGCGGGGCCCAGGGGGUGUUCCUCUACAGGGCCUCGGCGCCGGCGCACCGGAGGGUGAAGGAGAGCCCGCUGAGUUCGGAUGCGAUCUUCAAACAGAGCCAUGCAGGUCUCUUCAACCUCUGUAUAGUAGUGCUGAUUGCAGUUAACAGCAGGCUUAUUAUUGAGAACUUGAUGAAGUAUGGCCUAUUAAUAAGAGCUGGCUUUUGGUUUAGUGCAAGAUCAUUAAGAGAUUGGCCCCUUCUUAUGUGUUGCCUCACUCUACCAGCUUUUCCUCUUGGCGCAUUUAUGGUUGAAAAGUUGGCUUACAGGAAAUAUAUUCCUGAAAAACUUGUUAUCUUUCUUCAUGUCAUUAUUACAACGGCUACAAUUGUCUAUCCAGUUUUGGUGAUUAUUAAGUGUGAUUCUGCAGUUUUAUCUGGCUUUGUAUUAAUGAUUCUUGACUGCAUUCUUUGGUUAAAGCUCGUGUCUUAUGCCCAUACAAAUUAUGAUAUAAGGGCAUUAUCUAAAACUGUUGAUAAGGAUGAUUUACGGUCCAGUUAUCUUGACCCGGAUAAUAUGAAAGGUGUAAGUUUUAAAAGCCUAGUAUACUUCAUGGUGGCUCCCACACUCUGUUACCAGCAAAGCUAUCCUCGGACUGCAUGCAUUAGGAAAGGCUGGGUGAUCCGUCAACUUAUUAAAUGCUUGAUAUUCACUGGCUUGAUGGGCUUCAUCAUUGAGCAAUAUAUUAACCCAAUUGUCAAGAAUUCGCAACACCCGUUGAAAGGGAACCUGUUGAAUGCUUUAGAGAGAGUCUUGAAACUAUCAGUACCAACUUUAUAUGUGUGGCUUUGCAUGUUCUAUUGCUUUUUCCAUCUGUGGUUAAAUAUACUUGCUGAGCUUCUUCGAUUUGGUGAUCGUGAGUUUUACAAAGAUUGGUGGAAUGCAAAGACCGUAGAAGAGUAUUGGAGAAUGUGGAACAUGCCUGUUCACAAAUGGAUGGUCCGACAUAUUUAUUUUCCAUGCAUAAGGAAUGGUUUACCAAAGGGAGUUGCAGUUUUUAUUUCCUUUCUUACUUCUGCUAUAUUUCACGAGCUAUUGGUUGCUGUUCCUUGCCACAGUUUCAAAUUCUGGGCGUUCCUAGGGAUCAUGCUUCAGAUUCCCCUAGUCAUCUUGACAAAGUACCUCCAGAAUAAGUUCAGGAAUACAAUGGUCGGCAACAUGAUCUUUUGGUUCUUUUUCUGUAUUUUCGGACAGCCCAUGUGUAUUCUUCUAUACUACCAUGAUGUGAUGAACAGGAAAGUACGGACAGAGUAACUGAUCAGUAGCACUUAUUUCGACAUACUGAUGCUUACUAUGGUAGGAAAAAAAGUAAUACAAUCAUACUAAGAGCUACACACCACUCUGCGUCUCCUGGUGUGGUUUCUUUGAAAGUAUCCGGUAUAUCUAGCACUUUGAGACAUGAAAGAUAUGAAAGCACAUGAAGCUCAUCUCGAAGCAGCAGUUUAGAUACUGAAAAGGAGAUAUAGUUUAGAUGCUGAAAAGGAGAUAUCGGGGAGCCUUUUUGGUGUAGUUUGUGAGGUUGUGGGUUUGUGCAGCUAAUUAACUUAUGUACAAUCGAUCAUCUACAUCAUUACUGAAGGCCCAUUCAUGUACCUGCUUUUAUUUAGUGUUCCAUACUAGGAAGAUAACUGUGGGCUUUGCUUUUUCAAAUAAAAUGACUCGAAUCUAUUGCAUCUUA